AUGGCACCAAGUCGAACCGACGACCAGGACUUUGGAUCCUAUGAGGAACCAAAAAUCUCCUACGACAUCAAUGUGCCUUAUAAACCACCCUCUGGCGAGUAUGAGCUUCGGACCAAAGAGAGAACUGAGUUUCCGGACUACCUGCCGGUCUGGGAAAGCGGUCUCUGGUUCGAUGAUUUUCCAAUAUUCGAAUAUCAUGAUCCAGCCCUCCGAGCGGACCAGAGCAAACCACAUCUUUUCAGCGAAGGAGUGAAAUCGACCCCGAUCACUCCAAAAAUGGGCACCAUUCUAACGGGUGUCAAACUUGAUAAUCUUUCGCAAGAAGCCAAAGAUGAGCUGGCGCUUCUUGUUUCGGAACGAAAGGUUGUUGUUUGCCGAGAGCAGUCCGAUUUCCUUCACAAAGGGCCAGCCUUUCAAGUUGAAUUCAUGGAGUAUUUUGGGAAACUCAGCCACCAGCCUGUAACAGGAGCCGUUAAAGGCUUUCCACAGUUUCACAUCAUCCACCGAGAUGGUAACAAGGAAGAGAUUGCAAACUUUUUCAAGCAUAAGACUACGAGUACGAUAUGGCAUCACGAUGUGAGCUACGAGCGGCAACCGCCUGGAUAUAUCAUGCUUGGAAUCUUAGCCUGCCCCGAUGUUGGCGGCGAUACUGUCGUUGCCGACAUGGCGGAAGCCUACAACCGUCUUUCACCAGCAUUUCAAAACAUGAUCAACGGAAUGCAGGCCGUCCAUACAUCAGAAAAUUUGAUCGGCAUGGCGAGGAAAGCGAGAGGCCAGGUUCGAAGUGACCCGAUUGACUCCGUUCAUCCCGUUGUCCGCGUGCACCCGGUCACGGGCGAAAAGGCACUGUUCAUCAACAUGGAAUGGCCAAAAGAGUACAUCGGACUGAAAGAUGAAGAGUCCCAGGUCGUUGUCAAGUAUCUUCUGGAUCAUAUACGAAUGGGGCACGAUUUCCAGGCAAGGGUACAUUGGGAGAAGCACUCGGUGGUAAUAUUUGAUGGAAGAACGACACUUCAUACUGCAACGGUUGAUUACGAUAAUGCUGACAAGGCGCGACAUCUUUUCCGUUUGGCAGCGAUGACUGAAGUUCCUUUGUCCGUUGCAGAUGCUGAGCGUGGCCAAAAUUGA